UUAUAAGUGGUGGAGAUUUUCCCUUAUCAUUUUCCCUACUCUCAAUGAGCUUUGCCUGCAAACUUGAGCCGGAUUGACCUGAGCGAGGUUUUGAUCCGAUUAGAGUGCUUUCUUCCUACCCUAAAAAAAAAAAAAGUUUCGCCACUCACCGUGAUUAACCUAGCACUUACGGUGUUACAGACUCUUACAGUCUUCCAAUUAGACAUUUCAAACUUUUAACGCGGGCAGCUGCAGUUCUACUCGAAGUUCUCAGUAUACUUGACUCACUUAACUCACUUAACUCACUGUGACAGUGUGACCAAACACUCUGAGACAACUAGAAGCUCUGAAACUAUCCAUUAAUGGCGGCACUCCUAACCUCAAAACUACUUCUUCAACAAACUCACCAUCUUCACCUUAAAACAAUUUCUCAUUCUCUCUCCUCUUUCUCCCUCAACUCUUCUUCAUCAUCUUCAUCAUCCUUAUCUUCAUCAACAAAACCAUCACUUCCAACUCUCCAACCAUCUCACGACGCAGAUUUAAUCUCCAACAUCCUCAUUCAACACCACAACCCUUUUCACGCCAUGGAAUCUUCUCUUCAACUCUACGGAAUUUCUCUCUCCUCUUCUCUUCUUCACCAAACCCUAAUUCGUCUCUCUCACCUCUCCAAAAUCGCUCUUUCUUUCUUCUCUUACUCUCUCUCCUCUCACUCUCUCGCCAUUGAUGUCCUCUCCUUUAAUCUCAUCGUCGACAUCCUCGGAAAAGUCCGUCAAUUCGACGUCGUUUGGCAACUUAUCCUUCAAAUGCAAACCCUAAAUCUAAAACCCCAAAACUCAACUUUCUUGAUCUUUAUUCGUCGUUUAAUUGCUGCUAAUUUCACCCGUCAAUCAAUUCGUGUGUUUGAUGAUAUGCCCUGUUUUACUGAAACUGAAGCUUCUAUAGAUGAUUUUUUGUAUGUGAUUGAUACAUUGUGUAAAUAUGGUUAUGUUAGGAUUGCAAUGGAGUUGUUUAAUAAGAGGAAAUUUGGGUUUGAUGUUUGUGUGAAAGUUUAUGUUGUUUUGAUUGAUGGGUGGUGUAAAGUUAAGAGGGUUGAUAUGGGGGAGAAAUUAUUAAGAGAGAUGAUUAAGAAAGGGAUUGAACCUAAUGUAGUUUGUUACAAUGUGUUGCUUAAUGGGAUUUGUCGAAAAUCGAGUUUACACCCGGAUGAUCGAUUUGAGAGGACGAUUCGAGCUGCAGAUAAGGUGUUUGAUGAAAUGCGUGAGAGAGGGAUUGAACCUGAUGUGACUAGCUACUCUAUUGUGCUUCAUGUUUGUAGUCGUGCUCAUAAGCCUGACUUGAGUUUAGAUAGGUUAGAGAUGAUGAAGGCGAAAGGAGUGAGUCCGAGUGUGGCUACAUAUACUUCGGUUGUUAAGUGUCUUAGUUCAUGUGGGAGGUUAGAAGAAGCUGAGGGAUUGCUUAAUGAGAUGAUUGAUAAUGGAGUUACACCAACUUCUGUAACAUACAAUUGUUUCUUUAAGGAGUUGAGAGGGCGAAAGGAUGCCGAAAAAGCUUUAGAUUUGUAUAGGAAGAUGAAGAAAGAAGGUGUCUGUGUACCUAGCUUACAGACAUACAAUAUCUUGGUGCAAAUGUUUGUGAAGUUGGAUAAUAUGAAGAAUGUUGAGGAGAUUUGGAAUGACAUGAAAAAUGCAGGGGCUGGACCUGAUUUGGACUCGUAUACCGUGUUAGUUCAUGGUUUGAUUGAGAAAGAAAAAUGGAGGGAAGCUUGUGAAUACUUUGUACAAAUGAUUGAGAAGGGUUUUCUUCCACAAAAGAUCACCUUUGAGAUGCUUUAUAGAGGGUUAAUACAAGCUAAUAAAAUGAAAACAUGGUGGAGAUUGAAGAAGAAACUUGAUGAAGAGUCUAUAUCAUUUGGGUCUGAGUUUGAAGAUUAUCAUCUUCAACCAUACAAGAGAUGAGUUUGGCAGAUUGAUUUUCAAGGAGGGUUGCAGUUGGUGACAAGAAGCGUAAAAUUUAGUGACAUCUAUGAGCAUGAGCUAAUAUGAUACAUUGGCGUUUCGACGUUUCCUUAUUAAUGUGGAGAUAAUAUCUAGUGAUGUGAUGAGAAGAAUUAAAUGGCAGACAUGAGCUGUUUUAAGGCGAGGAUGUUUAAAAAAAAUAAGUAAAAUGAGACGUCGACAGCAGGGUUCGAACCUGCGCGGGCGAAGCCCAACAGAUUUCAAGUCUGUCUCCUUAACCACUCGGACAUAUCGACAUUUGUGAAAUAAUGGUGCAAUCCCUCUUUUCUAGUAAGUAAUCAAACUGUCAUAUGAAGCUUGACUUUUUAUAUCUUACUCCACUAUGCAAUUGUUUCUCCCUUUUUUUUAUUUUUUUUUUAACUCAAAUGAAAAGUAGGAGUCUUUUGUUAAAAGUCAAUGUAAGCAAUUAGCAAUAUAGGUAGGGUCAACUGACAUGGCAUUUAAUAGAUCUCAACUCACCAAAUAUGGGGUUUUCAAUUUAUAAUAAUUAGGGUGGGUUUUCUUUUACUUGAAUUUUCUAGAAGAGAAGUGGAAUCUGAUUAGUUGUGGAACUUUCUUUCCUAAUCUUGUUUUGAAAGGGUUCAUAAUUUUUUUUAAUAAGAUAUGUUACUUAUGGGUAUUCGUUUCGUGUGUUUUAUAAAAGUUAUCAUGAUUUAGGUAGAUAUUGAAGUGUCGAAGUGUUUAUACACUAUGUUAACUGGACUCGUAUACCCAUGUCUGACACGAGUACGUGUCCAAGUGUAUGUUUCGUCUACUCUAUGAAAAUUUUCAGUGAUUUUGCACAAUGUUUCGUCUACUCUAUGAAAAUUUUCAGUGAUUUUGCACAAAAUGAAGUGUCUAUGUGUUCGUGUUCACGUUUGAGUGUCAAGGACGGCCAUACGGGUACUUGAGGUGAAUUGAAGAGUUCAUGGCAAAAUGUUGAUGGAUGACCCGAUGUGGGUAUUUGAGGUAAAGUAAAAAGUUCGAGUAAUGGAAAAAAAAAUAAGAAAAGCAUAAUCUUGAAAUGUCUUGAACACAAGUUAUUGAAAUUAGAGAGAGAAAAACUUUUCAUGAAUUACAUAAUCUGAACAAGAAAAGAAUGGACCAAAUCUGGCAAAAUUAUGUACACUAUAACAUGUAUUUAAUAUUUAUAAUCACAAUUUGUUUUCGGGUUGUUCUGCCCCAAAAAAGAUUCAAAUUUGCAUCAAAUAACUUUGAUCUUCGUCCUUUGGAGUUAUAAGUGAUGGCAGUCCUCUUGGUGUAGACCCAGAUGGCACAUCAGAAAUUAGAGAAAGAAGAUGACGAACAUUGCUAGAUUGAGCUCCCUUGAAGCUAAAUGAUUUUAGGUUCUUGUUCUUGGAAAAUAUAUUGGACGAACUUGUUAGAAUCAAAUAAACUAAAGCUUGCACUAUCAAAAACCAGCCUAAGUUGAUUAACUUAUCAACCAAACACAUCUCAAAUAUUGCUGCCAUGGUUUUCUUCAAGAAAAUAGAGAAUAACUUUUGGGAUUAGAAAUGAAUGGUGUUGUUAACUUUUUUUGUUUGUUUGUUUGUCUUGUUUCAAUAAUUGGUACUCAUUAGCUAUCUUUCACCUCUCUUUAUAUAGGAGCCUAGGAGGGGAGUGAGAGGAUUAGAGCUCCACCAAUUUGACUCUUGCUAGUAAUCUGAAAAUUUAGGUGCAUGUGUUAAAUUAUUGUAAAAAGGAGAUCAAUCAUAUCCUUAAUUCCUUAUAAUAUACAUGUGUUUUUCUUGUAAGAGACUGCCUACUUUUAGAUUAAAAUUAGGCAAUUGUAAGCUUAAUAUUAAAAAUAGAAUUAGCCCAAUAGUGACUAAGUUAAUUUCUUUCAAUCACCAGUUUAAUCCAUUUAGUGACUAGGUCUACUUUUAUAUUUAAAUUAGAUUCUCUUUUUUAAUAAUUUUUUAUCAUACAUAGUGUCAUGUGUCAAAGACUUAUUCAACGUCCAAAGACUUGCUCUUUGAUAAUUAAUUUCCAGCACCAACUGGAGUUUAUUUUUUUCCCCUCUUUCUAGGCAGGUGUGAUUGUGUGGCCUACUGGGCAACUGGCUGCUGAUCUAUCUUGAGUGGACUGCAAAGAAUACUCGGUCAAAAUAACUUGCUACAUCAUUAUAAUUUUUUUAGCAAGUUUACUCAAUCUAUCUUUCUUUGAAGUUGAAUGCUACAUCCUACAUCUAUACUACUACUCAGUAGUCAGUACUCACCCACUUUAUUCUCUCAAUUUUUUACUUCUCUUAUAAUACAGGAAAAAAAAGUUAACGUACUCCCUUCGUUCCAUUUUAAUUGCUUCAAUUUUCUUUCUCAGUGGUCCUUGUAUAUUGUCAAUCACCCUUUUUCAUAAUGUUUUUUCUUUGUAAUUAUCUCUAGAGUUGGGGCCGCAUACGGCCAUACCUAUCAACUCACUUUUUUCUAUCUACCUUUUCACUUUCCUACAGUCUUGGGUAAAUGGUUUCUGCAAAAUAAAAUGAGACAGGUGGAAUUUGACUAUAUAGGGGAAAUUAUUUUCCUUGUUUAAAUGUAUUAACUUUCUACUUAUUCUAGCACUAAAAGUACCCAUAAUAAUAUUGCAAAAGGUUAUUCUGAAUCUUCAUAUGGUAAGCUUUAGUUCUUACUAAGUUUCUGGGCAACUUUAAUGUCUCUCAAUGUUUUUACUCCUGAGAUCUUUCUCAAGCUGACUGUAUGUUCUUGCAUCAAUUUAGGUGAUUUUAUUAAUAUGUACUAUGUAGAUUGAAGGGUAGCUUCGACUAAAGAAAAAAGUGUGAAACAAAUGUGUCAACAUUUUAUGUUAAUUGUGUAGUGUGGUGGGAAGUAAAACAUGGAAUUUAUGAGCAGGUCCGUUCAAUGCUAUAAAUAGAGGAUCAUGAGAAAUUCCAGUAAAAAAGGCUGCGUCGACAGCAGGGUUCGAACCUGCGCGGGCAAAGCCCAACAGAUUUCAAGUCUGUCUCCUUAACCACUCGGACAUAUCGACAUUUUUGUAAUAGAGGUGCAAUCCCUCGUCUCUAAUAAGUAGUAU